ACAUCUGACUUUCCGUACAGAGAAGUGGCCGUAAACUGGUGUGUCAAAAUGGCAGAGCUAACAGCUCUAGAGAGCCUGCUGGAGAUGGGCUUUGACAAAAACAGAGCGGAGAAAGCUGUGGCUGAAACAGGAAACCAGGGAAUAGAGCAAGCCAUGGAUUGGUUAAUGGAGCAUGAGAACGACCCAGACAUCGACGAGCCUUACGUGCCUCCUGUGGGGAACGUCCUGGGAGAAGAAGCUGACAGUCAGACCAACACAGAGCAGGAAGCCACUGAAGGAACCGCACACGGUGACAACAUUGAGAACAUGGAGACUUCGAAGCGGCCAAUGACCGAGGAGGAGAAACGCGAACAAGUCAAAAGGCUAGAGGAGCUGAUGCGCGUGAAGCAGGCCGAGAGACGAGAGCGCGAGCGAGCGGAGGAGGUGGAGCGGGAGAAACAGCGACGGCGACAGGGCCAGGAGCUGCAGCAGAUCCGCCAAAAGAUCCAAGACGAUGACAUGAAGAAACUGGCCGAGCAGAGGAGGAGAGAGAAGAUGGAGGACAAAAUGGCCAGGCAAAGGGUUAAAGACAAAAUAGCGAGAGACCGAGAGGAGCGAGCACAGAAGUUUGGAAGUGGUGCAGCUUCGAGCGCAGCUGCAUCGACGCAGCCGACUUUACCCAGCCCCUCCUCACCCACCGGUCAGGGCCCUCCGCCCACCAAGAAAGAGUACGACCAGUCAAGGAUACAGGUUCGUCUUCUGGACGGCUCCACGAUCACGACGGUCUUCAAGGCUCAGGAGCCGCUGGCGGCCGUGCGCGUCUACAUCCAGAUGAACAGCAACACACCUGAGGGUGAGGACUUCACGCUGCUGUCACCUUACCCCCGCCAGGUCUACACUGAGCUGGACAUGGAGAAGCCCCUCAAAGAGCUCGGUUUGGUGCCUUCAGCUGUGCUGGUUGUUACCAAAAAGUAAGACCAGAAGGAUCUGCUCUGUGAGCCUACCUCACCACUUCCACCACAUCGACUGCAGACACACCAGACAGACUGAUCCAGGAGCAGCUUCUGCCAGCUGACCUGAAGCUGCGUUCAGACACGACGAAGUGUUUUAAAAGAGCAACCGAAUGCAAAAUUCAUGACGAAGCUUCACGAGUCGGACUUUUUACCUGUCAAAAAUAAAUAAUAAAAAAGCAGAUACUUCAAGAAACAGUUUCAACACGUUAGAGAAGAAAAUAUUCUGUUGUUCAGUUUCAGCCUGGUUCUUAAAUUACUACACGAGAAGAGUGGUUCUGAAAGGGCCUUAAGUUUAUUCCUCACGAUCUUCCUGUUUUUUGUGACUUUCUAUUUUUUUAAACAGUUUCAGCUCUGACGUGUAUGUAGACAUGGUUACACAGAAUCCACUUACAAUAAAGCUGACUUGGUCAAUUCA